UGCGGAAGUACUUGCAAGAAGAAUGCCAAAACAAUCCGGUGGACUCCACGCUGCACAGAAUCUGAAGCCUUGUUAAACAGAGGAAAUGUCGAUUUUCCCACGAAUUUCCCUGAAGCCUGAAGUGACUGAAUAUCUUAAGAGUGUCUUCUUAAACAAGGAGGUUUUAACGGCGGUGGGUCAUCAGGAGGCAGAGCAUCGUUUCCACAAGCUGCUCUCAUGUCUGUCUCACCCACCUUCAUACACCUGCGUACGAGCCAGCACCCAUCUCGCCCCCCUUGAGGAGAUCAGGCAGCAGCUGGCAGAAGAGCUGAGGAAGCAGCUGAUGUGCAGCUCGUCAGCAGAGGAAGUCUCUGUGCAGAUUCUGCCACACCCACGAAUUGCAGAUGUGCUGAUCCUUCCCGUUGAAGGUCCGAGACCUGUGAAGCAGCUCGGCUCAGAGGUGGUGGUGGGCGCUCAGUGUGGCGGCGCCGUACUGAGAGGCGCUCACGUCUUCGCCCCGGGGAUUCUCGGCAGCCCCAAAUACAUGAAGGCGGGGGAUUUGGUGUCCGUCUUCUCUGACCUGGAGGGCAAGUGCACCCGAGGAGCCACCAGCUUCCGGGGGAAGAAGGUAUUUGUGGGUAAUGGAGUAGCGGAAAUGGACCGCUCCACUAUCUUCUGCACAGAUGAGCCUGCCAGAGGUAUCGGUAUCCGAAUGGUGGAGCCGCUUUACAGAAGUCCGUCCUUUGAUGGUGUUUUACCUAGCCUAGCGUUCCUGCAGAACCUCCCGUCUGUGGUUGUGGGACACGUGCUCGGGCCUCGCCCUGGGGAGCGCAUCCUGGAUAUGUGCGCUGCGCCUGGAGGGAAGACCUGCCACAUUGCUGCGCUCAUGGGAGAUCAGGGAGAGGUCGUAGCCUUGGACAGGAUCCGGAAUAAGAUCGACCGCAUUCGUCAAAAUGCACAAAUGUUGCAUUUGCAAAGCGUGAAGGCGCACUGCUUUAACAGCACUCUGGCUGUGAGCAGUGACCCAGCACAGGAAACUGAAGGACCUCCGUUCCCUCCGGAGAGUUUCGACCGGGUUCUGCUCGAUGCUCCCUGCAGCGGCCUCGGACAGAGACCCAACAUGGGCAGCACCUGGAGCCUCAAAGAGAUCUGCUCCUACCAGCCACUGCAGCGCAAGUUAUUUCAUGCUGCGGUGCGGCUGCUGAAGAAAGGUGGUGUUUUGGUGUACAGCACCUGCACAGUGACUCUAGCAGAGAAUGAGGAGCAGGUAGCUUGGGCCCUUGACACCUUCCCCUGCCUCUCACUUGUGCCACAGGAGCCCCACAUCGGUGCUGAAGGCAUGCCUGGAGCCGGCCUUCCACCUGAGCAGCUGCGCCUCCUCCAGAGAUUCAGUCCCGAGCUGAGCUGGGAGCAGACGGAAACUACAGCCCCGCUCCCCUGCAGAGCCGACAGCGACACUAUCGGCUUCUUUAUCGCUAAGUUCCUGAAAAACUAACCCGAGGGCUCGCGCUCUCGCACGGGGCUCAUAUGAGACAGCAAAACGGGAACAAUAGUGUUUAUAUUACGACACUCUGUGUGCUUUGACGGGCCAGUGUUGACAAAGAGCUCCCUGCGCUGUUUACAGCAUCUGCCUCUUAACAGCUGCUCUCUAAAACCGUGGGCCAUAUAGGGAUAAGCUUUAUAAACACCAGGGGAGGGUUGGAUGGAAGAGGGUGGUGGUUGGGGGGCACGUGGCGACGGAGUCUGGAUGAGUAACGGCAAAUGCAGCAGAAGCAGCACUGCGGUUGCUAUAACAACAGUGACGACACAGCUGCCAUGGUGACGGAUUCGCUGGAGAAUGGAUCAGGAAGUAGGUGUAGAAAGAGGCCAUGAGAGGAAUUAACAAUUUAGUGUCUUUGCAGCGCUGGAGACGACUGGGACAUUUAAUUAGGACUUCUGGAGCCUGCAGGAAAGAGGAGACGCUUGUGUUUGGCUCAGUCUCUGCAUUCAUCAGAAGGAAAUGUUGCUCAGUUUUUCAGAAUAAGAGCACAUUUAAAGGGAGGCUGUUUCUGUUUUUGGAAGUGGUUAAGAGUAAAGAUGUGAGAGGAAAAAGAGAUGUUAUUAAAAUGAUGACUUCCAGGAUAUUUAGACCUUUUUUAAAUUUGUUUUUUACUAAUAAAAUAAGAGUUAAUUUAGAUAAUUCCUUAAAAACAAGAUGCCAAAAUAGUCCAGAGGUUUUUUCAUGAUGGUAGGGUUUACUCCUAGAAGACCUUUGCAUAUGAUCUCAAACCAUUUGUCAAUUGUUGUCUAAAUUCCUUUUAACUAAUUGUAUUUAGCAGAGAUUAAAAAGAAUUUUAGCUAAUUUUUUUUCCUUUUUCUCUUUUGUUAUUUAUUCCUUUUUAUGCAAGCAAAACACAAAUCGUCUUAUAUUUGAACAUUUAGUCAACACAUCCCAGACAAACGUCACGCACUGACAUUCAAAAAAAUACCGCCACCUCUCAUUUCUUUAUAUUUUGCUAGAAAAACAGGCGCAUAGAAUAUUACUAUACAGGACAAAAAACUGCUAAAGAGCUUGAUAGUCAGUAUUUGUUAGGACCAUUCUUCAACACAGUCUGAGUUUUCUUAGGCAAGCUUUCCU